AACGCCGUCGUUUCGUCUUACCGCCACCCCAUAUUCCUCUUCCCUCCCUGAAACGGUAACCUCAUUGUCUCUCUCUAUGGACUCCUACACUCCCCUACUGGAGAAAACCCGGGUUCCCCAACCUUCCCUCCAAAAAUACGCCGUGAUUUCAAUCUUCUCGAAGCUCCGAUCCGCCCCGAACUACCUAGACUCCGACUCCGAACCCGGAAGAGACGCCAUUUCCCAGUGCCUCCACUCCACUUCCCCCGCCGUCGUCGAUCAAUCGGUUCGCGAGCUCUGCGGCAUCGUCGCCGACGACGGCUCCAAAAUUGAUGUCCACCGCGGCUUGCUGGAGCUCCAGUCCGCGCUCGAAGGAUCCGAUUCGAAGUUCGUCGACCUGUUUGUGAAAGGUUUGGGGUUUUUGGUCCGGUUAGGGUUUCAGAAGAGCAAUGGCAAGUGGUCUUUCAGCAACACAGAGUCUCACCCCUUGAUUAAGGUUCUUUCGUGCCGGAGCGAUGUGGAGGCUGAACUUGUGCAGCAAGUUUUACUGUUUAUGGCACAGAAUAGGCGGUUGGGAAUGGUGGAAGUAUGUGAGUUCUUGAGACCGUUUAUAAACUAUUCGAUUUUGAGAAUACCGUUUUCGGACAAGUCAUUUUUGUUUGCGAGACGCUUAGUAUCAGCAAUGGCGUCUCUUUGUUACUCAAUUCCUCUUGAUGCAAUGCCUGUGCUUAAGUCGUUGACAGAAUGUCUUCAGUACGUUCCGCACAAGAGUUCAGAGGAUUUCCGGAAUUUCAUAUAUUUAGCAGAAUGUAUGGUGGAUGCAUAUACAGUGGUUUUGAGGCAUUUAGCUGGAACUAGAUUGCAGCUGAUUGCUGAGGCUCAACUCUGUGGUUUGGAACUGUUUGAGAAAAUUAUAUCGAUUUGCACAACUGGUCAUAAGCACUCCGGUUCAAUUGAGCCUCUAGUUGAACUGUCCAAGAACUUAUUGUUGUCCCAGAAAGAUAAUGGGUUACCUUAUGCACCAAAGUUAUCAUCAGCUAUGCUUUCGUUAUUUAUUAUCCUUGUCCAAUCAGAGCUUGAGCAUGAACAACUUUCCACAUUGAAACUUCUGCACCUUCUCUUGAAGUGGAAGUAUGGAAACGAAAAUGGUGUAGACAGAACUGGAGGUGCUAUGAGCGAGGAGCUUUUGUUCAUAUUUCCUGUCGUUGGUCUACUGUCAUCUCCUUCUAAACAUGUCAAAGGAGCGGCAACAGAUCUGCUUGUCAUGCUAGAAAGACUUUUAGUAAGAGUUUUGGUAGCACCAAAGGAUAAACCAGCAAAAGAAGCAGGGCAUCCCUCUCUAAGCACACCUGGAUCUAUUGUGUUUAGAAUCUUACAGCAUCUCUGGUUUCAGGAUUCUUCUUCAUUGUCCAGUUUGUUUUUAAAAUUUUCUUCUAUCAGUAAAACUAAUGGCGAGGAGAUUUAUGAUGUACCAAGAUCGUGGGCUUCUCAUUUACAAGAGUAUACUCUAUCGAUUGUUGACAAACGAAAGUCCUCCCUACCUCUCUCGCAGACUCAAGAAAUAUACAUAACUGAGAUGCCCUCGUUACUCUCUGCCAUUGCUGGUCUUUUAGUGAUGAAUAAGGUACAGGGAGGCACUGCUCUAGAUUCUUUGGCUGCUAUUGCCACAAUGGAUCCUAAACUGGGAGCUCAAAUGUUGCUGGCUAUCCUAUUUUACAAUAACAUAUUCACUAGAAAAGAUAUAAGUCGCUUUACCAUGUUGCCAAAACUUUUGACAAUGCUUCCAGCACUUGCCUCUCAGUCUGUGAUGAUUCCUCUUGUAGUUCAGACUAUCUUACCAAUGCUUCAUAAGGAUGCGAAACCAACUUUACAUGCGACAGCCAUUCGCUUGCUUUGUCAGACCUGGGAGACCAAUGACCGUGCCUUCGGGAGUUUGCAGGGAGUGUUGGUUCCAAAAAGGUUCACUGACUUAAAGGCUGAAAGAAAUAUAUGCAUCAGUAUGGCUGCAUCAGUUCGGGAUGUUUGCAGAAAAAAUCCUGAUAGGGGAGUGGACCUCAUCUUAUCUGUCUCGGCUUGCAUUGAGAACAAUGAUCCGAUUAUUCAAGCUGUUGGUUUUCAAAGUCUUGCCCACCUUUGUGAAGCUGACGUAAUUGCAUCUCCUGUCUCAGAUUUUUACACAGCCUGGGACGUCAUCAGGAAGCAUGUUCUGAACUACACUGUAGACCCAAAUCUUGCUCAGAGCCUUUGCCUUCUUCUGAGGUGGGGUGCAAUGGACGCUGAAGCACAUUCUGAAGCCUCAAAAAACAUCUUGCAGAUCUUAUGGAGUGUUAGCAUCUCUACUCAUCCUGGUCUGGAGACACAGUGGGCAAAGGCAAGGGCCUCUUCCUUUAAGGCCUUGGCUCAAUUUGAGGUAUCACAUAUUGAACAAAAAAUUCAAGAUUUCAAGAAUAGGAACCUGGAGUUGCUUUCUUGUGAAGCAAACAUUACUGUACUGAAUGCCAUGGAAGAACUUCUGGUCAAGAUAAUAACAUAUGAGCACCUCACAAGGCGAAGAUUGGUUAAGGAGAAAAGAGUUGCAGGAAGUAAGAUCGAGAAGCUGCUGGAUGUGUUUCCCCAGGUGAUCUUUUCUUCAGGGAAACGAAGUGAUGCAAGGGAGUUACCUGGUGCAGCCUUGCUCUGUCUUUCCUUUACUCCUAAAGAUGUGAACACCCAAGGGCUAUCAAGGGGAUUCCGAGAUAUACAUGGUGGAUAUGAGAAUGCUCUGGUGGAACUAGCUUCCUCCCUUCAGCUCUCAAGAAAUAUUUUUGUUGCCCUUAUUUCACUGGAAUCAUGGAAAUCCUUCAUGCGGCGUUGGCUGAGGGCUGAUAUCUUGUCCUUUGAUGCUAAAGUGUCAUCUAUCGUCUUGGAUAAAACCACUAAAGCUGCUAGUGACAUUCUAAAGAGUAUGAUAAAAAUAGCAGAAGGGGCUCUUCCUAGAUCUGCUGAAAACAUCGCACUAGCUGUUGGUGCCCUUUGUGCGGUCUUGCCUCCGUCUGCCCAUACUGUUAAAGCAGCUGCUUCAAAAUUUCUAUUGAAUUGGUUGGUCCAGCCUGAGCAUGAACACCGCAAAUGGUCUGCUGCAAUUUCUCUUGGAUUAAUCUCAAGUCGCCUACAUGUUACUGAUCAUAAGCAGAAGUUUGAGAAUAUCGCGAGACUUGUUGAGGUGAUGCGUAAUAGCAAAAGCACCCUUGUGAAAGGAGCCUGUGGGGUUGGCUUGGGGUUUUCUUGCCAAGAUCUUCUUACCAGGGCUGAUGCCGCUGAUUAUUCUAGCACGGAGAAAGACUCAGACAGGAUGUCAGAAAGGGACUUGCUUGGUGUCAUAGUUAAGGCGUUAUUACGUAUGAUAAGUGAUAUCACUCAAGUGGCUCCUGAUAUUUUGGAAAGUCUCUCUGCUUAUUUCCCACCUAGCAGAGAUGAUAUAGGUACAAAUAUAAUUUCUGAGUUGUCAAAUGAGAACUGUGAUAACUCUCUAGAAGAUAGCUGGGGUAUUGCUGGACUUGUUCUUGGUUUGGCUAGUUCUGUUGGUGCAAUGUACAGAGCUGGGGCGCAUGAUGCUAUUUUCAAGUUGAAAGAUGUAAUGGUAUCAUGGGUUCCACAUAUGAAUAGACUGGUUCAAGGUUCUGGUUCUUACUCUGGGGGUUCUGAGAUAGUUUUGUCAGUAGGAUCUUGCCUUGCAGUUCCCAUUUUAGCAGCAUUCUGCCAAAGAGUAGAAUUGAUGGAUGAGACUGAAGUAAACCAUUUAGUAAAUGGUUACAGGGAGCUCAUUUCCGACUUACUGUCUGUCAAAAAAUCUGGCACUUUCUAUCACAGCUUAUUGAUGGCAUCAUGCAUAGGGGCAGGCAGUCUUCUAGCCUGCAUACUGAAUGAAGGGGUGCAUGCUAUUGAAGUUGAGCGAGUAAAGGAUCUACUAGAAUUGUUCAAAAAAUGCUAUUCUAGUCCUUACCCUCCUUUAGUCCAUUUCGGAGGGAUGCUUGGAGUUGUUAACGCUAUGGGAGCAGGUGCUGGGAUCCUGCUUGACAGGCCUCCGCUAACCUCAGUGCAGGCACCUUUUGAACAGAAGGAAUCUGGCUAUGUCAUGGGUCCUCUACUCUCAAAUCCUGCUUGUGAGCGGCAUUUGACAUCGUUGAUGCAGGAUAUAUUUCUUGUUGCACAGAAAUCUGAUGAUCAUCAAUUGCAACAGUAUGCUUCAUGGGCGGCUUCAUUUCUUCGAAAUCAUUUGUUGUCCAAGGAUGUUGUCAAUGUUGACAAUAGUCUUAAUACUGAUUCAGGUGGUUCAAAAUCUGUUUCCCAAAGUUUUGCAGAUGACAGUUUAGUUAUGAAGCUUUCUUCAUGGCUAAUGCAUCUCAACUUUACUAGGACAGGUAAUGUCGCUCAUGUUGGCACAGUAAUAACUGUAGUAAGGUGUCUUUCACAAGCUCCUAGAUUGCCAAUGUUGGACUGGGGAUCAAUCAUUAGACGUGGCAUGAGAUAUGAGGCACAGGUUGUGGAGAUGUUACCAACAGAAUCAUCAUUCCAAAAAGGAAUUCUUAGGGAGGAGUGUCUAAAGUUCUCAUUAGCUCAUGCAAAUAAAUUUGACCAACUCCUAAGUUUCCUAGAUGAGCUAUCUGACUUGUCCAGAUUCAGUACACUAGAGUGGAAUCUGCAAUCUUGUGUUCUUAACCAUCUUGCGGACCUCAUAAAAGUAUUCUCUGGUUCCAGGCUUGAAAAACUAUUUGAUGAUCUCUGCAACUACUUUACUUCACGUCAAUCAUAUGACACUGAUGAGACGAGUUUGUUAAGGAUUUCAUGCUGGAAGGGUCUGCGCAAGUGUUUAGACGAGGCUUCUCUUGAUUCUCUCGAGUACAUAUCCAACAUAGAAAAAUGCAUGGAGGUGCUGUUUUCCUUGUUACCUGCAAGGCAAUUGGCUGCUGUGGUAGGAGUAGGUCAGUUGAAUUCUAUAAAGGAGUGGUCUGAGGCAGUUAAAUGCUUAGGAAAGGCUCGGAAAAGUUGGUUGGCGGAUUUCCUACUGGUUUCACAGGAGGGCCUGCAACAAAGAGAUGGCCAGCAUCUAGGAGUUCUGAAAAAAAUUCAAGCCAAAUCUAAGCUAGUUAGAAUUGGUUCCAUCCCUUUGACUGAGCUGGGAAGACUAAAAGCUCUGAUAUUGAAUAUUGAAUCCGAUGGCAUAUGGGACGUGCUUGUAGAAGUUGUAGCAGCUUUGCAACAUGCAGAGGGAAGUAUCAAAAGACAGUGGCUCAUUGAUGCAGCUGAAAUUAGCUGUGUAUCAAGUUAUCCGUCCACGGCGUUGAAGUUUCUUGGAUUGCUUUCUGGUAGCUGGAGCAAAUAUAUGCCAUUUCUUAUUUUGGACCAACAAACUGUGCUGAGUGAUUUACCAGUCACCCUUUCUUCGCUUCUCUCAAACUCUAGUUGGGGAGGAGUCGUGGAAUCUGUUGUUUCCUCUCUUUUUGCAUCAUUGGAGCGCAUUUACAAUUGGACCACACACGAGGCACAGGUUAAGGAUAUGCCGCCUGACAUGCAACCUAUCGAUGAAAGCGAGAAUCCCAUGGCUGGUUUCCUAUUGCGCGUGAUGCAUUCUACCUGUGUAACCUUGAAGGAUUACUUGUCUCUUGAGAAGCAGCUUAAGCUUGCCAGUAUGGACAUAUAGUGUUUACUUCACCUUACCGACUGUAAAUAGUGUAACAUUUGUUGGAAGCUCUGAACCCAAACCUUUCCUGCUCGGCUGCUCUUCUAUUCUGUAUUGGAUGUAUUACUAGACAUGGGAGCUACUAACCCCAUGAUUUACUAAUCUUAGUUAGGAUAACCAACUAUGGACUGAUUGUCGAAUAUGUUUUAUGUUAGUCCUUGGUAGUAUAUAUUUCUGAUUUCCUCGUAG